AUGAGAGCCCACCAAUGCACCUGGCUUGGAGGCCAGGGCAGCGGCUUCGAGUUCACCUGGCUUGGCUGCAAGAGGUCACCUAGAUCAAGCCCUACAGUCGCAGCUACAGCGAAGGCAGGACUCUUUGGCCGACCCUGGGACAACCCGCGCAGCAGCCAAUCGGAGAGUAAGUGGUACAGCGCCAUCCAGAACACCCUCACUCAACUGCAGUUUAUGGAGCGUCGUGUCAAAUGGAACCACAAGGCGGACUUUUUCCUUUCGAGCAUUGGACUGUCCGCCGGGAUCGGCAACUUGUGGCGGUUUCCGUUCCUCGUCUAUGACAAUGGUGGAGGUGCAUUCCUGUUCGUGUACUUCCUGGUGAUUGCGUUGGUGGCGAAGCCACUGUACUACCUCGAGAUGUUCGUGGGGCAGUUCAGCAGCUCCGGAUCCAUGUCCGUCUGGGCUGCCUUCCCGCUGGCAAGAGGAGUUGGCGCCACCAUGACGGUGGGCAGUCUAUGCCUGGCGCUCUACUACAACAUGUACCUGUCGUACGCGCUCAUGUACUUGUAUCACUCGCUCGGGUCCCACCUGCCCUGGAGCGGCUGCUACAGCUCGUGGGGCGCCAACACGCACGUCUGCUACAUACGCAAACCGAACGUGAGAACGUGCAAAGCUGCCGCUCAACGCCUGUACCAGCGGUUCAAAAACACCAACAUCACCUUCGGCGUGGUCGUCAACUCGACCAACAACAACAUCGUGUACGUGCCGCACAGGGCUUACACCGUCGAGAUGGCUGGCUGUGUGAACGCUACCAUGUCGGCCGCCGAACAUUUCUACUGGGACAAAGUUCUGAAAGUGAGCCGAGGCCUGCAUGACGUUCGGCCUAUGAACAUCGACCUGACGCUCUGCUACUUCCUCGUCUGGCUCACCAUAUUCGUCAUGAUCAGCAAGGGCAUCAAGUGGUUCGGAAAGAUCGUGCUGGUGACGGCCACCGUUCCCUACCUGAUGCUGUUCGCGCUUCUCAUGAAAGGGGUAUCCCUGGAUGGCGCGAACUCGGGCGUCGGCUUAGUGUUCAUCCCUAUAUGGCAGCACAUUUUCACCUUUAAGUGUUGGAGAAACGCAAUCGAACAAGCUCUCACAUCUCUCUGCAUCGCCACCGGCUGCCUGACGGUGCUGGCCAGCUACAAUGACUUCUACAACGACAUAUUCCAGGACACGUGGUUCUUCGCCAUAAUGAACUUCGUUUGGGGCAUGCUGUCAAGCACGGCGUUCUUCUCUGCGCUGGGCAGCGAGUCCUUCACUCUCAACGUCACGCUUCCCGAGCUCGUAUUGGACGAAAUGCAAAGCUUGGCCUUCGUCUCCUACAUUGAGGCGCUGAGCAACCUGGCAUUCCCGCAGAUGUGGAGCGUGCUGUACUUUCUCUGCAUGUUCCUCCUGGGUCUCAACUCCUCGGUGUGCCUCAUCCACACAGUGCUGAUGUCCAUCACCGAGCAAUUUCCCGGCCUCAAGGAGUUUAGGGUCGAGCUCACGCUCCUCUUCUGCAUCGGUGCCUUCUUGGCAGGGCUCCCUUUGUGCACGCCCACCGGACCUUUCUUCAUGAAGAUCCUGGAGACACACUUGGGUGGCUCGUUCCUGGUGGUCAUCGCGUUCGUUGAGGUCAUCUGUUACUCGUGGGGCUAUACGGCAAGACGGCUGCUGUUCGACAUCGAGUUCAUGUACACGGUGCAAUCGUCCAUUGUGUACAAAGUGCUCUGGAGCUUCUUGGUUCCACUCAUGCUCCUGUUAUGCUACCUGUCGGGACUGUUUAGCACGUCACCCGUGGUGCUCAGAGGAUACACGUUCCCUUUGUACGUGGACAUCGGGGGCUAUUUGCUGCUGCUGUUCAUCUUCUGCCAGAUCCCACUCUACGGCCUCAGCUGGUUCAAACAGCGGGGAUACAACUGCGACGAUGCCAUGCUCCCGUCGUACAAGUGGGGUCCCGAGGAGCCGGCGCUGUUCAACGCCUACCAGGCGAGGCUGCGCAACCGCGGCCUGGUGCCCAUGAGCUCGCGCUUUCCCGUGCGCUUCAUCAUACCGCAAACGGUGCCGGCCGACGCUGUGCUGCCCGUCAUGUUCGCAGCCGAGCCGGUCAAGCCGCCCUCGUGGUCGCCGAUCAGCUGGCGCCCCGGCGGGGGAGGACAUCACGAGGGUCACGUGGAGCGAGUGUGGUCCCUGCCACCCAACCUGCCAGCGCUAGACCUGAACAGCCUGGCGGUAUCCAUGAACAGGGCAGAAGGUGCAGCCGGAGCCCCAAGAGGGCCAGAAGCACCUCGAAGACUCUCGCACGGGAUGCUUCAACCACCACCGCAACUGCCGUCACAGCAGGUCCGCAACUUCUUGCCCACGCUGAACCCCAACAGCCUGGGACCUCAGUUCUCCGAUUCGCCGAUGCGGUUCGGUCUGCUGGGCCGGCUGUUUAUUCGGCGUCACGAGGGGCACGAGGACGUGCUGUUGCCGUCCAUCCCGACGCAGCCACCCGAGCAGUACUUGAACCCCAAGUUGCCACCCAUGACGUACCCUGUGCAGCCAGGUGGACCCAUUGCGCCAGCCGCACAUGACUCGACCUCGUCGGAAGGUGCGUGA